AUGUCAUCCAAGACAACGCUCCUCGUUCUGCCCCUCCUCCUCCAAACAUCCCUCGCCUUCCCCUGGGUCGCCUCCGCCCCAGGCGUCGACUCUGCCCUGCUCCACAGCAGUCGCCACCGCCGUCAGGCCGAUCUCAACUGUGCCUUCAACCCCAACCACGAGAACGCCGCGCCCCUUAGCUCGCAGUUCCCAUACAACAACGCUCGCUUCCCGUUCCCGGGUAAUGGCCGUGGCGGAUACCUUGUUCCCGCUCCAGGCGACACAGCUCACGAGUUCCGCGCUCCAAGGGCGGGGAUCGAUAUUCGAGGGCCGUGUCCGGGGUUGAAUGCGGCGGCGAACCAUGGGUUUUUGGCUAGGGAUGGGAUUGUGACGUACGGAGAGUUGGUCGAUGCGCAGCAGAACAUGUACAACGUCGGCUUCGACCUUGCCAAUGUUCUAGCCAUCGCUGGUGUGGGUCUUGACGGCGACCUCCUCAGCGGCAAAGUAUCCCUGGGAUGCGAUGCGACUUCCCGCACCAAGUCGCCCUUGAGCCUUCUCGCCAGCCAGCCUGGCCUUAAUGGUCACAACAAGUUCGAGGCAGAUGCUUCCCUCACUCGUGGUGACUUCUUCACUACGAAUAACUUCCGCUUGAACACCACGCUGUUUACAAUGAUGAUGGAGACUUGCCAGGGUAACUGCGGCCGACAGGAGCUCUCUGUCUAUCGCGAGGAACGUUGGCAGCAGAGUGUGGCUGAGAAUGGUAACUUCUUCUUUGGUCCAGGAUCGCUUCUCCUGUACGGAGCUGCAUCUUUCCUGUACGAGCUGUUUCCGGGUGAGGGCGGAAGUCCAGACGAAGCUACCAUGAUGUCCUUCUUCUCCAUCGACAAAGCAGCCGACGGUAGUUACGUCGAGAACUCCGGCGAGCGCGCCCCACCAAACUGGAGACCUAGAGUUGCACCAUACAGCGGCAGCGAUGUCGUCCGAGAAAUCGUGGCCAUGUACAUUGCCAACCCCGUCCUCUUCGGCGGCAACGUCGGCCAGAACAACUUUAUCGGUCUCAACUCCGGCGCCGCCAUCCGCGAUGGUCGUCUCGUCGACACCGCUCCCUCAGCAAUCCUCUGCCUUCUCUUCCAAGCUCUGCAAUCCGCCAUCCCAGCAACGGUUGGCCAGGCCGUGAACUUGCCCGUCAACAUCUUGAACCAGAUUACCCAGCUUGCACCAUUCGCAACGAACAUUGGAUGCCCCUCAAACCCCAACGAUGGUGGCUCUGGUGCGGACAUUCCUAUUUUGCCAGAUUUAGGACUUCCACCGCUGGUUAUUCCGUCUCUUCCACCGCUGCCGCUGCCGCUGCCAGAUUUGCCGAUCAGAUUGCCGCCGUUGCCACCGCUUCUUGGACCAUCGCGGCCAGGCCAGGGAGGAGGGUUGUUGGGAGGGUUGUUCCCACGUGCAAAUUAG